AUGUGGAUAUCCAGGUCUGAGGAUGUCCUUCAUUGCUUCCCCAAAGGUUCAAAGGAGGUCAAAGGGAUUUGUUUCAUUCUGGAAGCCCAGCAAGAGGAAGAACAGCUAUUUUGUGACAGCAAAAAAAUAGCACAUGCCUCAGAGGGGCUGGAUUGGGAAGACAAAGAUGCUGCAGACACACUGGUCGAUAACGAGGUCCACUCAAGGAUCAUCAAUCCUUUACGCCUAUUUGUUAAACAGUCUCCAGUGUCAAAGCCUGGUCAGAUGUCAUAUGCAGACAGCAUAGAAAACUUUUGGGAUUGGUUGUCCAACAUCACGGAAGUGCAGGAGCCAUUGGCAAGAACUAAACGUAGGCCAAUAGUGAAAACAGGGAAAUUUAAGAAAAUGUUUGGAUGGGGUGACUUCCACUCCAACAUUAAGACUGUGAAACUCAACCUUCUCAUCACGGGGAAAAUUGUCGACCAUGGCAAUGGAACCUUUAGCGUUUAUUUCCGACAUAACUCCACAGGUCUGGGUAAUGUCUCAGUAAGUCUGGUACCACCAUCCAAAGUGGUAGAAUUUGAAGUCUCUCCUCAGUCCACGUUAGAAACCAAGGAAUCCAAAUCUUUCAAUUGCCGCAUUGAAUAUGAAAAAACAGACCGGGCGAAGAAGACUGCAUUGUGCAACUUUGACCCUUCGAAGAUCUGCUACCAGGAACAGACUCAGAGUCAUGUCUCUUGGUUGUGCUCCAAACCCUUUAAGGUUAUUUGCAUUUACAUUGCCUUUUACAGUGUCGAUUACAAACUUGUGCAAAAGGUUUGUCCUGACUACAAUUACCAUAGUGAGACUCCAUAUUUAUCCUCCGGCUGA